GUACUAUUUGAGGCAUCGACGUAGUGUGGUGAACCUGUGACGCGUUCGAAGGUUCUGUAUUAUCGUGAUUAACGAUGGAAUGUGCGAGGGCUUUCUUGUUUUUUUUCAACUUUAUUUACUUGGGUGUAUCUGGUGCUAUCAUUUUUGUAGCGGUAUGGCUAAUUAAAAAGUAUGGCGACAUUACAAAGAUUACAACUGAUGAGUACACUUUGGUACCAUGUGGAAUCCUAGUUGGAGUGGGUGUCCUGAUCUUUAUCACUGCCUUGUUUGGUUGCUGUGGAACAUGCCGUGAUAACAAAUGCUGUCUGUCCACGUUUUUUGCACUACUUCUCAUUGUGUUUGCAUUGGAGAUUACAGCAGGUGUCUUAGGAUAUAUCGACAAGGAUAAGGCUAGAAGCUUUGUGCAGGAUGGUUUCCAGGAUGCAAUUGAGCAUUAUGAUGAUAAAGACACAACUUUAGAUAAAGCUGUAGAUGGACUCCAGAAAAAUCUGAAAUGUUGUGGCAGUGAGAAACCUACUGAUUGGUUUCCAUAUGCUUUGAAACAUUAUGGCCAAUACCCUCAUUCCUGCUGUCCUCCAGCAACAUUGAUUUGUACACAACUCAAUGCAUAUGAUAAGGGCUGCUUGAAAAAAUUGACUGAGGAAGUUGAAGACAACCUUAGUUACAUUAUGGGGUCAGGUAUUGGACUGGCUGUGCUUCAACUGCUGGGAAUGAUUGGAGCAUGUUACUUGAUGUGUAGUCAGCGGUCAGGAUACCUUCGAAUGGAGGGUGGAUUGCGAGUCUGAUCAGAUGGAUUCUCACAGCUCAUUCUUUUGUUAGACUUAGAAAAUGUAAAGCUGUUAUGUUCUGUUUUGUUAAUGUGGAUCAUGAUGUGAAGGGUUGUUCUAGUCAUGUCAGUGGUCUAUUUGAAUUCAGGAGAGAGAUUAUUAAAUUUUUGGCCAAGUU